AUGACCUCCUUUACACCUAGCUCUCCCUCUACAUCCAGCAGUAUCACCUGCUCUGCACCCAACUGUCAAUCUGUGUCCAGCAGUACCAUCUGUUGUACAUCUCAGUCUCAUUCUGUAUCUAGCAGAAACAGCAGCUCUACACCCAACUCUCCCUCUGCAUCCAGCAGUAUUAUGGGGUCUACACCCAACUGUCCCACAGUAUCCAGCAGUACCACCUGCUCUAUAUCCAACUCUACCUCUCUAUCCAACAGUACCACAUGCUCUACACCCAACUCUCCCUCUAGAUCCAGCAGUACCACCUGCACUACACCAGACUACUAUCCCUCUGUAACCAGCAGUACCCCCAGCUCUACACCAAACUCUCCCUUAGUAUCCAGCAUUAUGACCUCCUUUACACCUAGCUCUCCCUCUACAUCCAGCAGUAUCACCUGCUCUGCACACAACUGUCAAUCUGUGUCCAGCAGUACUAUCUGCUGUACAUCUCAGUCUCAUUCUUUAUCUAGCAGAAACAGUAGGUCUACCCAACUCUCCUCUGUAUCCAGCAGUAUCAUGGGCUCCACACCCAACUGUCCCACAAUAUCCAGCAGUACCACCUGCUCUAUAUCCAACUCUACCUCUCUAUCCAACAGUACCACAUGCUCUACACCCAACUCUCACUCUGUAUCCAGCAGUACCACCUGCUCUACACCCAACUCUCUCUGUAUCCAGCUGAACCAGCAGUUCUACCCAGUUAUCCUCUGUAUCCAGCAGUGCCAUCUCCUCUACACCUAA